AGUUGGCAACCCUGAAAUAAAAGUCUCAAGUGUAAACAGUGUGACUGAUGGAGCGGCGGCUGUGUGCUCCUAGCCUGGUGAUCAUCCUCAUAGCUCUUGUUACUUACAUUGUGAGAGUAACUGAAAUAGAAAGGGAUGUGGGAGUUACUUCUAAAAGACUUGUCGUUGGUGUUAUAUCAGCAAGAGAUCAUGUCUCUCACCGUCAUGCCAUACGCCACACCUGGGGCUCAUUGGUCCAAGAUAUACCCGAUAUGGAGCUGGUGUUUGUCCUCGGGGAAACAGACUGUGCAGUGCAUCCUGCAGAUCGCAUCUCCUCUUACACUUGUCAAAGGUGGCAUGUAAAUGAAGAAAUUGAAAGGUCAGAGGUACAAUCUUUCUUCAAGAGCAAAAAUUUGUUAAUUAACAGUAGUUUGAGGGAUUCUGAAUGUUAUAUUGGACUAGGAUUCAGAGUUCUACAUCCUAUAAUUGUGGAAGAAAUUAGUGUACGAGCAAACCUUAUGAAAAGGGCCAAUAAUAUUUUCAUCUUGCUUCAAGAUGCUGAAGAAGUAAUUGAAAGAGUGCAAUUAAAAGAUAAAAUCUGUUCAGAAGAGGAUGGGUAUUGUAAUAUUAAGUUACUGGCUCCUUUACAUCUGCCAAAGGAAUUUGAAGGAGAACUGAGAGUGUACAAGAAAGGGGAAGAUGGCGGAGACGUGUGUGGGGAAGAACUGUUUUCUCUUCAGUCAGGGAUGAAGUGGGUAUGUGAAUGGACUAAUAGUUCACUUGUUGAGUACAAGUUUGUUCGCACAAGAAAGAAUGUCGUGACCAAAUGGAGAGGAACAUCGUGUCCCCUAGCAUCAGUAAAAUUCAAUAUGGCAGACAAAAAUGUGAUGUUGAAGCAUAUAAAGGAGCAACACCUGAGGAUGAGGGAGUGGAAGAGUUACCUUGAUGACCUACAAAUGAAGAUUGAAAACGAAGAAAAGGAAUACCAAGAUGUGCUUACUUUACCACUAAUGGAUGUUUAUUCUCAUUUACCUCACAAAGUUUUGACAUUUUUGAAGUGGGUGACUCACAAGUACAAUUCAUCAUUCAUAAUGAAAGUAGAUGAUGACACCUUUGUGAAUAUAUCUCUUCUGGACUUACUGACAAAGAAUGAAGUGUAUUCAGUUCCCACAUGGUGGUCCCAAUUUCAGCAUCAUCGUUCUGUACCAAUGUAUGGGAAAUGGGCUGACACAGAGUAUCCUUCUCUAACAUAUCCAACAUUUCCUUCAGGUGCAGGGUACCUCAUGACAGGAUCUCUUGCACAAACUUUGGCUACUGCAGGGUCAUAUCUGACUGCAUAUGGAGGUGAAGAUGUGAGCAUGGGUAUAUGGGUGGCAUCAGUAGCUGGGAACUCCAAGACAGUAGAUGUGCCUUGUUGGCUGCCACAUCCACAUUGUUCUCAGACUAUACUUCUGCAGCAGUUAUCAGCAACUGAGAUGAGAACAAUUUGGAACAAAAUGAAAUUGAACUAAUUGAGGAUCAUUAUUUUCUCAAUAGAAAUCACGAAUGCAUCGGUUGUGAUAACUGGGGUAUUCCUGCAAUUACGCAAGUUACAGUAAGUAGCUUGCAUGACUGCCACUCACACAGCUUAUCUUCAUUCUACAUCUUUCUUUAACAUCUUCAUCCUUAACUCUUCAAUCCAAAUCCAAAACUUGUAAUUUCUGCAUAUUUCAAUGCUACACAUUCAUAAUUUUAUUAAAGUUAAAUUAUUUUACAUCAGGUCCUUCGAUUUAUUUCUUUGAUGUGGGAUUCACCUGAAAAAUUAAGUAAAAGGAAACCAUCCUUGUUUGAAGUCAGUACCAUUGCAGUUUUAUUUUUUACUCUGGGUUACCAGUUGGAUAUCUAAGAUCAUUGUUGAGGAUAUGGAGCAUCAUACACUAGGAGGUCUUUAUCAUCAUCAUCAUCAAUGUUUUAUGGCCAUUUUUCAUGCUUGUUGGGGCUAGCUGCAGUUACCCGAUGACAGCUUUCUAUGCUGCAUGGUCUCUUGCAACCUCUCUUGUCAGGUUCUUAACUCUAAUGUCAUUUAUUACAACCUCUUCCUAUGUCAUUCUUGGCCUGCCUCUGGCUCUCCUUCCAUCCACAGUUUGACUAGUGCACCACCUCUUGACUCAGGUAGUUUCUUCCAUUCUCUCCACAUGCCUAAACCAUCUCAUUCAGCCUUUUUGAAAAGCGUUGCCAAUACUCUCAAUACCCAGCUGCAUUCUUAGCUCUGAACAGGAAUUCCUGUCUUUCAGUGUCAUAAGGCACAUCUGACUCGCCAUUCUCAUUUCAGCUUGCUCAAGCCUGGAUGUGUCUUCCUAUUUGACUGCCCCUGUUUCACUGCCAUAUAGCAUCGCACUUCUCAUGCCAAUUGCUUACAUCUUUCCUUUCAUGCAGAGGGAAAGUCCUCUUACCAUUCAUAAAGGCAACAACUCCCAAAACUUCUUUUAGCCACUUCUGACUCAUGCAACUGAGCAUCCCUUACAGCACUUAUCAUGUCACCCAGGUAACAGAACUUACCCUCAAUGUUAAGUUUCUCCAGCCUUGCUAAGGCCACAUCAAAUAAAGCAGUAAGAAUGAAUAAAUGACAAUGAGUGGAGAAUGUGUAUGUACUGUACAAUUAAUUGAUUAUGGCCACCCAGUAUUAUGGUACAAAAGGCUAUACAAUGUAUUGCAUUGAAAGAUUGAAAGUAAUCAGUAUAUGAUGAUGAAGCAGACAGCUUGUUAACCCAAUAACUGUGUGAUUUGUGAAAAACAACAUAUGAAAGCUAAAAAAAAAAUAUAAAGAAACAUUAUAAAAACUUUGUACUCAUCAUGUGUGGCAAGUUAUGAGUCAAUGAAGUGAGGCAGAGUAACCGGCAACUGCUGAGCCAUGGUUGUUGUUGUCAUGCAAGAGGUGGUUGUGAUGACAAACAACAUGGUUGUGAUGGUGCAGCGGUGGGUUUUUGUGGUGCAAAGUGGGUGGUGAGUCAGGCUGUUGCAUCGUAAGUGUGGGUGAGGGGCCGCUGAGAACAGUAGGAGGAGGAGGAGGAGGCAUAAAUAAUUCCAAAUCAUUCCAAGAUGAUGAUAGUAAGUGAUUUGAGGCUUCACCAGCCUUCUGUCUCACUCUAGAGUGUCUACCAAUCAUCGACUUUCUAUUCUUAUUAUGAUUUUGGGCACAGCUUUAAAGUUAUGGCCCCCCAAUGCCAGUUGUCUAAAGACGACAUUAGUGCAAUUUCGGUAAAGCAGCCAAAGACGAUGAUAGCAGUUAAAAGGUUAAGAGAGUUUAGGUAUAGCAGCCAUUUGUUAAAAUUUACUGUUGACCUACACUUCAUAGACCUACAUUAUUUUAUUAAAUGCUUAAGAUAAAUAAUAUUUCAACAUUGAAGAUACUCUUUUAUUUAUGUAUACGGUACAUAGAGGACAAAUACAUUACAGUCUCACAAAAGAAAUAGUAAUCAACACAUCAUAUCCAACUAAAUUUUAAGUGGCUUACAUAACAUUUUUAUUUCAGCAAUUUUAUUCCAUAACUCAUUAGCCUUUCAGUCUGAUAACUAAAGAUCAUGAAAUUAUUUCGGGAUUUUCCUUUACUGGAAUAUAUUUAAUCUUAAGCAGUUUAAGAGAAUGAAAUUCGGUUAACAUUCACCGAGGGAUGCUUGGAAUAUGGUAUUAUGCAUCAGAAUUAAAUAUGGUGUAAUAAGAGCAUUAAAUCCCUUUUGUUCUAGACAGAUCAAACAAAUAUUUAUAAUGACUUAUGAGGUGCCAUUUGUCUGUGUCUAUCAUGUCUCUUCAGUCCUAGUAAGUUGCUGACCACUUAGCACUUGUAUUCAGACUGUAUUACCUGAGCACAUUGAAAUGCUGUAGCAGUUAUUAGUUAGGGAGGUUGCAUUUAGACUUAGAGUACUUAUAUUUAGCUAAUGUGAUGUGAGAUAGGUUAAAAAAAUAGGUCAAGCAGUGUGUGCUUAAUAUGUGGGUGUGCUCAAAGCUGUCAACAAGCAGGGUAUCAGAUGACAUGGCUACAAACAAAGACACCAGUGACCAGACUAAGAAGAUUUUACAAUACACAUUGGCUGACUAAGUAAUUACAGUUGAUGACAAAGACACGAUGGCAUUUGGUUGUUAACAUUUAUAAUGUAAUUCUAGUGAGGAAAAAAAAUUAUCAGCCAGUCUUCCGUACCUUUUUGCAUUACUAAUAUAUUUUACUAGAUAAGUUUUCAUACU